GUAGACCAACAAACGGCACUCUGAAAGGUUGUUCGCAAGUUGCUGAUCAACACAAAGAUGACGUUGAUGACAUUUGCGCUUUUGGCUCUGCUGGUGGCUCUGGGCUAUCAGUAUCUCACCUGGACCUUCGGCUACUGGCGGAAGCGUAAGGUGCCGGGUCCCAGUCCAAAGCCAUUAACUGGCAACUUUCCCAACAUGUACACACUGAAGCGACAUUCCUUCUAUGAUAUGCAGGAUAUCUAUCGCAAAUACAAGCAGGAUUAUGAUAUGGUUGGCAUGUUCCUUGGCCGAGCUCCACAGUUGCUGGUGCUCAAUCCAGAGCUGGCACAUCGUGUUUUUGUAGCUGAUUUCAAGAGCUUCCAUGACAAUGAGUUGGCUAAUGCGGUCGACGAGAAGUCCGACUACAUUCUGGCAAACAAUAUGUUCACCAUGAAGGGCGAGCAGUGGAAGCAGCGUCGAACGGACAUAACUCCCGGACUGACCAUGAGUCGGAUCAAAACAGUUUAUCCGGUGACCAACCAAGUGUGCAACAAGCUCACCGAAUACAUUCGCAAGCAGUCGCGCAUUGGAGCACCCGAUGGCCUCAAUAGCAAGCAUCUCAGCCUGUGCUACACCACGGAAAUGGUCACCGAUUGUGUCCUGGGACUCAGCGCAAAGAGCUUCACCGAUAAUCCCACGCCCAUCAUGGACAAAAUGAAAAAUGUUUUCGAUCAGUCGUUGACCUUUAUAUUGAACGUCAUGAUAUUCGCUAUGUUUCCGAUCUUAAGCAAAAUCCGUAAACUACGCUUUAUUCCCAAGGAUGUCGAAAAGUUCUUUGUCAGCCUCGUAGAAACCGCCAUCGAUGCACGCAAGCAACAACUUGAUAUUGGCAAACAAUUUGAUCGUGUCGACUUUUUGGACUACAUCAUGCAGUUGGGCAACAAGCAUAAAUUGAGCACUCGUCAGCUGGCGGCAUUCUCGAUGACCUUUCUCAUCGAUGGCUUCGAAACAACGGCAACUGUGCUGGCUCAUGCUUUGCUCUUCUUGGCUCGUGAUGUCAAAAUUCAGCAACGAUUGCGCGAUGAGAUCCAUGCGAAUCUGAACAAUCAAGGCUUUGUUGACUUUGAUAAACUGAACGACUUGCCCUUCCUAGACGCUUGUGUGCAGGAAACCAUUCGCUUCUUCCCGCCUCUGAUUGCAUCCAACAAGCUGUGUACUAAGCGCAUUGAUCUACCCAAUGGCAAGGGUCCAACGGUUACCAUAGAACCGGGCACUGUUGUAGUUGUCCCUCACGGUUGCUUCAUGAAGGACGAGGAUUACUUUACCAAUCCCGAACUCUUCCAACCCGAUCGUUUUAUGGAACCAAAUGCAGCCAAAACCUAUCGUGAUCGUGGCGUUUUCAUGGCCUUCGGAGAUGGUCCACGCAUCUGCAUAGGCAUGCGCUUCGCUUUAACUCAGAUCAAAGCUGCUAUUGUUGAGGUGAUCAACAAUUUCGAUGUCAAAAUCAAUCCAAAGACACGUAAGGACAAUUUAAUUGAUAGCUCAAGCUUCCUCCCUAAGCUCCAAGGUGACAUUUGGCUGGACUUUGAAGAGCGCAAGUAAAGUAUCAUAUAUUUUGAAAUAAUAAAG